AUGGCGCGAUUCAGCAAAAUGGCUGUUCAACUGGAGGAAGAUAGCCCAGAUGUAUGUGUGGCGUCUUUCAAAAACGGACUUCGGGCAGGACCUUUGAAUCGUGAUUUAACAAGGCGCCCGACGCGUGAUAUGAUAGAUCUCCGAGCUAGAGUUCAAGAAUUUCUUUUGAUAGAGCAAAACGAUCAAAACAAGAAGGAGAGAGAAGAUUGGAGAAAAGGUACCCAACCAGUCACUGUUCCACCAGAAAAGCCCAAGGCGGGAAAAGAUGCAAGGCAAGCUUUGAUUCCUCGCCAACCAAGACCUGACCCAUAUCUGAAUUCAAAACUGGGAUUCCAAAGCAACACUUGGCACAAGAAUUCCCAAGGAGUUUGCCCAACUCAGGCGACUCAGCCAGCUGCCUCACCAAACGCUGCCCCACUCACCAAAUUAAAUGCGCCUUUAAGCACAAUACUGAGGGUUGUGGGUCAGACGAAUGUUGUGCAAUACCCACCACCGCCUAGGCGACCACCAUCUAAUGUCGAUACUAACAGGUGGUGUGAAUUUCACAAAGGUUUAGGACACACCACGGACAACUGCUGGACCUUGCGGCGAGAGAUCGAUCGAUUGAUUAAAGCAGGACGUUUAGCAAAUUUUGUUAAAGAUGCUACAGCACAAGAGCCCGCCAAGGCAACUCAGGGCGAUAAAGGAAAAGGCAAGGAAGUGGUGGAGGAAUUAGGCGAUCCUGUGGGUGAAUUUGCAUCUAUCGCAGGAGGAUUUGGUGGUGGCGAUAUUUCCAGCAAAGCUAGAAAGAGAUAUGUAGCGGCGGUGCACUCAGUGCACGAGGCAUAUGAAGGAGCAUGCUGGUUGAAUCACUCACCGAUCACGUUCCCCCCUCAGGAUUUUGCUCAUGUAAUCCCACAUGACAAUGAUCCGAUAGUCGUAAUAAUCAGAGUCAACAAUUACAAAACAAAGAAAGUGUUUUUGCACCAGGGAUCCUCGGCUGACAUUAUUUAUGGUGAUGCAUUCAAUCGCCUAGGUCUAAAAGAAUCAGAUUUAAAACCAUACUCAAGAACUUUGGUUGGAUUCACCGGCGAUCGUGUCAAUGUGCGAGGCUACGUAGAAAUCCCAAUUGCUUUUGGAGAGGGGGAAUUUGUCAAAAAAUUCCAAGCCAAGUACUUGGUAUUAGCAUGUCGGGCAAAUUAUAACGCCUUCUUGGGGCAAGAUACUCUUAACAAGUUGUGUGCUGUAAUAUCAACCGCACAUUUAACCAUAAAGUAUCCGGCGUGCAACAGGAAAAUUGGAAUUUUGCGUGUGGAUCAGAAUGCAGCAAGGGAGUGCUAUCUUAGGAGUGUGGCUCUCUAUGGCAGAAAGGCCGCCAAGGAGAGUCAUCGAAUUACAGACAUUUUCCCACAGGAAGGGUUUACACUGGACCCAAGAGACGACGUUGACGAUUUUCGCCCGCAGCCUUUGGAAGAAACUAAAUCCGCAAAAGUCAAGAAUAAGGUAUUGAAAAUCGGUAGUAGCUUGUCAAAGGAUCUAGAGGAACGGUUGAUUGCCCUCUUAGGUGAUAAUUUGGAUCUAUUUGCUUGGACGAUCAAUGAUGUACCAGGAAUUGAUCCUAAUAUAAUCACUCACAAGUUGGCUUGA